CAAACGUGUAUAGAUACCGAACAUAUAGCAGUGAUGUACAUAUUUUCUGUCGAUUAUCAAAGCUAAAAGAUUUAAUUUUAAACAGCGAUCAUGACCGAUUUGUUCUCCGAAGGGGCCUUUUGGGAUGAUCUGGCCAACAUUCCUGCCGAUCCGCCCAAAAUGCGCGACAAAUGCAGCAACUGUCAACGGCCCGUACCGGUCUGCUGGUGUUCGGCGCUUCCACCGCAGCCACUCAUGCCUAAAAGCCGAGUGAUAUUGCUGCAGCACCCGGCAGAGGAAAAGCGAGCCCUGCGAACAGCACCCAUGCUCUCGGUUGGAUUGGCACCCGGAAAGUGUCUUAUUUAUAAAGGCAAAAAAUUUCCCAAGUUUGACUCAGAACUGGAAGACAUUCUCUCCGCCAAGAACUCAAUCCUGCUGUACCCAAGUGCCACAUCGAUUCCCAUCGAGCAACUGGACCUGUCCGGAGGUCCUUUCAACCUGAUCCUCAUCGACGGAACGUGGCCCCAGGCGAAGGCUAUCUACGCCAGCUCGCCCAUUCUGCACGACAUGCGGCAGGUCAAGCUCGUCACCUCCGGCAACAGUAGCUACGUCAUCCGAACGCAGCCAACCGACGGAUGCCUCAGCACCCUGGAAACUGCCAUCGAAGCGCUUAGCAUUCUCGAGCGCGACGACUCCUACCGACAGCAGCUGCUUCAACCGCUUCACGCUCUGUGCCAGUUCCAGCUGGACAAAGGGGCCGUCACCCACCAGUCCAAGGAAUUCCUCAUCAAACACAACCAGUAUCCGAAGCUGAUUGGCAAACGGUUGAACAAGCUGCUGAGGAAUGCGGAUGCCUUCAAGGACCACCAUCGGGAGGAAUCGGAAGAGAGACCAUGAUCUCGUGGUUUUGUGUUUUUCGUCAGUUUUUAUUGAUAAUUACCUCUUUUAUAUUUGAGUAAUUCACAUAACAUAAAAUAUAGAGAGAAUAAUGUUUCCUUGUUUAUAUCGAUAUAUACAUUCAUGCUAUGCUUUUCCUUUUACUGUAAAUAAAUCUAUUACUGAAAAAUAAAA